AUCCCUGCUAGAGAGGAAGGCCCCAAUGAGCCACAAGAGGAUGAGAAUUAAGGAGGAGAAUCAAGAUGCUCCCGUUGACAGUCAGGUCAGCCUCUGAAGCUCAUCUGCCUCUCCAACCAUCAGGUCUAGGUGGCUGUGCUGUAGACUCUGUUGCCCUGUGACGUGCUGGUCGGGGAGUUCCAUAGGGAGGACGUUCGAUGUCCUGGAAGCCAGAAAUGGGAUUGGUGUCAUUUGAGGAUAUAGCUGUGGAAUUCACUUGGCAGGAAUGGCAGGACCUGAAUGAAGGUCAGAGGACGCUCUACAGGGAUGUGAUGCUAGAGAACUACAGUAACUUGCUGUUCUUGGGCCACUGCAAGACCAAACCUGAGUUGAUCUUCAAUUUGGAGCAAAGACUUGGAUCAUGGAUUGUAGGAGAAGCCUCACACCAGAGCAUCCCAGAUUUUCAGAAAAUGAAUACUCUGAACAAGACCAGUCCAGAAACCAAAGCAACACAUGUAUGGCAAAUUGCAUUUGACAGUGAUUCAUCAAAGUUGUUGGCUGGAAUAGGGAAGACUUUCAAUGUGAGUGGAAACCACAUUUCAAAUCAGAAUAUAAAGACUGAGAACUCACUAGGAAUGAGUCCUAGAAAGCUUAUUCUGUGGAAGGAUGUGUAUCUCCAUAGUGAUUCGGAUGAGAUAGAACUUGAUGAUCUUAACAGAACUAUAAAAUCCAUCAAACAUCCAGAGCAUGUUAGUCUGUACAGGUUUCAAAAUUCACAAAGUUACUUUCAAAGUCUUAUACCAGGGAAAUCCUUCAACACAAAAGCAAUAUUAUUUUCUCAUAAAUUCAGUGAAUAUGCAAAAUCCUUAGGUGAUACAGCACUUAUUAGCAAAGAGAUGGCUCAGAUAAGGGAGAAGUCUUUUAUAUCAGAGGUAAAGUGUAACAAGUCUGACCUUGAUGAAAAUGAGCAAAUACACCUGGGAGAGAACAAUUACAAAUGUAGUGACUUUGCAAACCCUUUCAUUACUGAAUCAUACCUUCCAAAACCUAAGGGAGAAAAGCUCUUUGUCCAGAAGGAAUAUGAGUUUUCUCAGCAGCCAGAAGUGAGUCUCCGUCAGAAAAUCCACAGAGGAAAAAAGUCCUAUGAAUGUAAAAUAUGUGGCAAGUGCUUUUAUUGGAAAACAAGCUUCAACAGACAUCAGAGUACUCACACUGGUGAGAAGCCCUAUGAAUGUACAGAAUGUAGUAAAGCAUUCUGCCAAAAGUCACACCUCACUCAGCAUCAGAGAGUUCACACAGGUGAGAGGCCAUAUAUAUGUUUCGAGUGCAGGAAAGCUUUCUAUCGUAAGUCAGAGCUUACUGACCAUCAGAGAAUUCACACAGGCGAGAAGCCAUAUGAAUGUAAGGAAUGUGGGAAGGCUUUUUGCCAAAAGCCUCAACUUACUCUACAUCAGAGAAUUCAUACAGGUGAGAAGCCCUAUGAGUGUGCAGAAUGUGGGAAAGCCUUCUCCACCAAAUCCUAUUUAACUGUACAUCAGAGAACUCACACAGGUGAGAAACCUUAUGAAUGUACAGUGUGCAGGAAAUCGUUUAUCUGUAAGUCGAGUUUCAGUCAUCAUUGGAGAACUCAUACUGGUGAAAAACCCUAUGAAUGCAAGCAGUGUAUGAAGACAUUCUAUCGGAAGUCAGGCCUGACUCGACACCAGAGAACUCACACAGGUGACAAACCCUAUGAAUGUCAGUUAUGUGAGAAAGCUUUCUACUGCACUUCACACCUCACUGUACAUCAGAGAACUCAUACAGGCGAGAAACCCUAUGAGUGUAAGGAGUGUCGGAAAGCUUUCUAUGAUAAGUCAAACCUUAGACGGCAUCAGAAGAUUCAUACUAUGGAGAAAGCCUGUGAAUGCAAACAGUGCAACAAAUCUCUUUUGGUUAACACUUCUCAACAUCAGACAAUGUACUAUGAAUAUGAAGAAUGCAAGAAAGCUUUCCACCAUCAAACAAACUUUACUUAAACAUCAACACUCUUCCAAAUAAGGGAACCCUGUGAUUGUAAAGAAUACUGGAAAACACCUACAAAUCAGAUCGUACUCCACAUAGGGCUACCCAUACAAGGGGUUAAACUGCAUGAAUAAACAGUAAAGGAAACUGUUUCAUGCUCGUUUAUCAAAGAACUUAGAACUGACUCUGGCAAAUUAAAUUAUUAAAUUGUCAAGUGCAUUAACCCAACAUAAGACAUGUUUAUGGUGGAGGGUCACUUGUACUCGGGCAACAGAAGAAGACACCAGGACUUAAAAGAAAAUAGGGCAAACUUUUCUACUCGAGGUUCUCCUGACAUACUACUAGAACUCAGUGGUGUGAAACCAGUGAAAGUGAAGAAUUUAAACUCUGAGUAGAAUUCGGAACUCCUUGUUGGGUGUGUUGGUGCAUUCCUCGAAUGUCAAUACUUGGAAAGUUGAGGAAGGAGGAUCAGGACUUAUACUAUAAUCUUAGCUGCAAAGCAAGUUCAAACACAACCUGGGUUAUAUGAGACCUUUAAAACAACCAACAACCAAAUAAUCAAAAAUAAAAGAAUCUUGAGAAUGGAUAAGAACUUCAUAAACCCCAUACAGGUUACAAAGGACAAGAACACAAUGGGGUAAAAUGUUGGUAUACUUUAUUUCCAUUUGAAUCAAAGAUGCUGGAGGGGUCCUAUUCAUGUAGGUUUUGUAGAAACUUGUGGAACUUUGUGGAAAUUACAUGACACUGAGCAUCACUUCACUCAUGAAAGUGAGCCCACUUGAAUUUAAGCAGUUAGGGCUGCAGAUGUAGCGCAGUGGCAGAGUGACCACUGUGGGUUUAACCUGCCUUUCAUAUAGGUAACCUCUGUUACACUUUGAAGGUUUUAUUAUAUGUAGUUGUGCAUGUGCUCCAUAGCACACAUGUCAAUGUCAGAGGACAAACUCCAAAGUCAGUUUUUUCCUACCUUGUGGGCCCUUAGUAUCACAUCCAGGUUAUUAGGCUUUACAGCAAACAAGCAUCUUUAUCCUCUGAGCCGUCUGUCCUGCCUCUAUUUUAUACUGAACAACUCUUAUAAAAUACUUAACAACUCUUGUAAAAUUAAAAGCAAUUCUAGAGGAUAUUUAGCCAGUCCAGAAUGCUUUAUUGGAAAGAUAUUUCUUUGGUCCUUUUCGGUUUGAAAAUAAGGUGUUGGUACAAAUGCCCUGAGUGAUAACAAAGUUCUGCUCUUCCGACCUUAGCCUCCUGAGUGCUUAGAUUACAUGUAUGUGCUUUUGUGUCCAGCCAUAAAAUUUUAAGGCAUAAAAAAUUAAGAAUGAAAAUUUCUAGAGCUUUUUUAGAUGCUGCAUGCAUGGUCUGAAUGCCCUGAAUGUUAUUAAAAAAUUGAGCAAAUGAAAGAUUUGAUUUUACAGCUCAGUGAAAGGAUGCCAAGAGAAGUGGGGGAGUGUGAAGUUCAAAGUUUAUUGGGGCAGAUUCCUGUAUCUUGGUCAUCAUAGAUAAGCAGAAGGCAGGGAAGCUGAAGAAGAUAAUGAAAGAGUUGAAAUAAAACACCCUCAUUUGGAUGGGGUUAAAAAUUCUAAAAUGUAAAAAAAGAUUCUGUUCAUAUAACCUGGGUGUUAAUUGAAAAUAAUAAAUGAUUUAAAAUAUUAUUUCAAAUUGUAUUCAGUUGUGUACAAAGAAGCAGGAUGGUCACUCCCAGUCAGAUAAAUUUGCCUCCAAUCUGGGCAUUUCUGGUUGACAUAAAUGAAAGGUUAUAGGUAAUACUGACAGCUAGUGGCCAGGCUUGAAACAUAUCUAAAAAUAUAAGUAUGUUUUUAUUAUAUAUGUUGUCUUAGAAAUCUGAAUUUGGAGCACUCAGCCUACGUACAGAGAUUUUGCCACAUGUGUAACAAAUACAUUGAGAGACUACUUAGUGUAUGUGCCCCUUUAUACAUGUAGUUCUGACUGCAAUUUCAGACUUACACAUAGUAUUAAAAUACCAUGGUUAUAUUAUUUAACUUGGUAUUGCUGUGGCCAACUCUCUUACAGAAACAAUUUAAGAAUGUAAAUAUUUUAAAUCAUAGUUUCAUAUAGUACUUGACCCCUUACCAUGGGUAGAUCAUGGUUGGCAGAAGGGAUAGCUAACAGUUUUUAACCUUCAGGUAGAUAGGAAACAGCAAAGAAAUGGCUGAAUGACAGGUUCAUUAUUUAAACAUAUAUGGCAGUGACAUCUUUAACGAAAACCUCCAAAAAUAUGCAUCAAAAACAACCCAAAGGACAAAUAGCAAACAAAAAAGGGCCUUCCUGAAGUUUACAUCACCUCCUCUGAAAACUCAGCACCCAAUACACACACCUUUCAGAUUCAAAUCAGAAUAUAUAACUUUCACAUUAAACAACUACCGCAUUGAUAUUUUGUUAAAUAUAUCCUGUUCAUACAGAGUUCUAUGGAUAUUUUUACAAAAUUAUUCAGACUGAAACUGAUGAGCUAUUCACUGCUCCAAGAGGGUGACUGAUUUUGAAUUUUCAAAGUUUAACCAACAAAAAGCCUGCUGUCAUAUCUAAUAUCAACAGUUUGUGUUAAAAUGCAAAAAGCUGGUUCACAAUUGUUCAUAGUUGACAUCUGAAUUAAAGCAUUUUUGGUCAA